AUGACAUCUACAAUUUCGAUUGUCUUUCAGGUCUAUCUUGCGGAGUACAGAAAUCCCAGUAAAAGUGACAAGCUAGUUACAUUAGCUUGCAAAGUGAUCGAUACCAACACAGCUCCCAAAGACUUCGUCAAGAAAUUUCUACCGCGUGAAAUCGAUAUGUUGAUCAAACUAAAUCAUCCACAUCUAGUCCACACACAUAGUAUAUUUCAGAGAAGAUAUAAAUAUUUUAUUUUCUUACGGUUCAUGGAACACGGGGACUUGUUGGAAUAUAUCCUACAGAAUGGAGCGGUGCAAGAGGACCAGGCCAGGAUUUGGACUCGACAGCUGUCACUCGCGAUUCAAUACAUGCACGAGCUAGAAAUAGCGCACAGGGACAUAAAGUGUGAAAACGUAUUACUGACAGCGAACAAGAAUGCAAAAUUAUCUGAUUUUGGUUUUGCGCGGACUUGCGUUGACAAGAAAAUGAAAGAUGUACACAGCGAGACAUUUUGUGGUUCACUAUCGUAUACUGCGCCGGAGAUAUUACACGGGUGCCCGUACAUCCCGAAGCCGACUGAUAUCUGGUCACUGGGCGUGGUCGUGUAUGUAAUGUUGAACAGAGCGAUGCCGUUUGAAGACAAACACAUCAAGCAGUUAUACCAGGCGCAGAUCAAUCGCAAUUGGAGGUUCAGGUCCCGUUAUGCGGACACGCUCUCCGAUAAUUGCAAGCGACUUGUCGCCUUGAUGCUCGAACCUAACUACCAGAAUAGAAUUAAAGUUGAUCAAAUUAUAAGCAGUGAAUGGAUCGCAAUGGAUUCUAGACUUUUGGGUCAGUAUUUCUAG